AUGUCAAAAGGCUUAAAGUGGAAUCAAAAGAGAAUUGAAAAUAUGAAAGAUGACCAAAUUAAAGUACGCAAUAUGAUCCUUAUAAAAGAUUUGAUUAAUUCAGAUAUACAAAUAAUUGAGGUAAUUUAAUUAUUGUUUGUUAUGAACUCCGGUGAAAUUAUUUAAAACAUGAACGAUGAUACUUCUCUUUCAUCUGAGGAUGAGGAAUAGACCUCCAAGAUUAUUGAGAAUGAUCCUACGGGUCGUUUUAGUAAGUACAAUGAGGAGAUCGGCAAAGGGGCAUACAAGAGUGUUUAUAGAGGUUACGACAACGAGAGUGGAUGCGAAGUUGCAUGGAAUGUGUUUUAAUUGAUGAAUGUUUCUGGGGUUGUAGAUGAAAUAAGAAGAGCCAAGUAGGAGAUCGCAAUAUUGAAAACAUUGAAGCACAAAAACAUCAUCAGUUUUGUUCAUUCGUGGUAGAGCAAAUCUAAAAAAGAAAUCGUUUUUAUCACAGAAAUUGUUAAUGGAGGUUCGUUGAAAAAUUACCUUAGAAGAAUCACCAGACCCAAACUUAAAGUCAUCAGAUAUUGGUGUAAGUAGAUCUUGGAAGGAUUGGAAUACAUGCAUCAAUAAAACAUAAUCCAUCGAGACUUGAAAUGCGAAAACAUACUGAUUGACACCAACAAUAACGAGUUGAAAAUCGGAGAUCUUGGAUUAUCAAUCUAAAUGCAAUCAAACAAUACAAGUUCAGUAUUGGGAACUCCAGAAUUUAUGGCACCUGAAAUUUAUCAUGGAAAUUAUGACACAAAGGUUGACAUCUAUGCGUUCGGCAUGUGCAUUCUUGAAAUAGUGACUGGCAUGAAACCGUUUUGCGAGUGCAAAGGUGGAACUGCUCAAAUCAUCAAGAAAGUGAUGGAAACAUAAAAGCCUUAGAGUUUGGAAUGCAUAUUGAAUGGAAAAAUUAAGACCAUCAUUUUGGAAUGUCUCAAACCUGCAAAUGAGAGACCCACAGCGACCUAACUCUUGCAACAAUACUUUUCAUCCAGCAACAACGACGAGGACAACUCUCCUGUCCUAUUGAAUGAGUCUCUUCUUAACCAGAUAUCUCAUGAUAGCAAAAAUUCUUCCUUUUUCAAGAACAACUUAUCUAAAAACAUUGGAGAACUCAAAGGAACUACUAAUAAUCACAUUAAUAAUAACCUUACCAACUAAACUAAUAAACUCAUCUCAUUACAGGAAUUCAAUCCUAAUUCAAUGAAACAAUCUGAAGUAAGACUUUGUGAAUAAUAAAAUAAGUUAAGCAUUGAUACUGUAGAAGAUUUCUCAAUUGAAUAAUAAUUUGGCAAACAAUAUAAGGAAUACUAUAUCACUCAAAAUGACGAAACCUUACUAGACUUAGAAUAAAGACAGGAGAGAGAAUUGCAAUUAUUGCUCGCAUUGCACAAACAACAAAAGGCUGAUCUCUCGAACAAACUCCAGUAAACCAACAGAACUACAAUUCCAUAUGGAUCUGGGUUUUUGUCACCAAAAUCAUUCUCCACAUUGUUUGAGUUCAAUAAUGAGUAGCACCAACAGUUACAAGGCAACUAACAAUAACAAUAGUUACAUCAAUCGCAAAUUCUAAGAGUCAGUCCUGUGUGUGAUAUCACGAAUUCUGAAGAAAAUGGAAGGAAAUUAAACAACAAAGAAGAUGAUUUGGGCGUUAUUUAAUCAGUAAGACUGAAUUGUAUCUAUUAGAAACAACAAUGUAAAUUUUCUACAGACGUUGUAAUGUAAUCAAAAGCUUAAAGUGUUAGAACAACUAUUUAAGGUUGA